UCGGGUGACGAUUUGAGGGCAGAAAUGUUGAAGUUUGGCAGUAAAAACGACGUUACUGUGGUGCAUCGCGCCACUAUUCGAUUACUCGACGACGCCGAAAUUAUCCACUGUGACUUUCAGCCCCAGCACAAAGGAAGGUACAUACUCGAGUAUGUGUGCAAACAACUCAACAUCAUCGAGACGGAUUACUUUGGGCUUCGUUACGUGGACCAGUGCAGGCAAAGACAUUGGCUGGACCUGGCUAAAACAGCGAUCAAGCAAGUAAAAGAUAUGGAGCCAAUUCUGUUCAGUUUUCGUGUUAAAUUCUACCCGCCCGAUCCCCUGAGGCUCAAGGAAGAGAUCACGAGAUAUCAGAUUUAUCAGCAGUUGAAGAGAGAUCUACUGCACGGUAGAUUGUACUGCAGUCCUGGUGAGGCAGCGCUGCUGGCAGCCUGCAUACUUCACAACGAACUGGGGGAAUACGAUCCGGAAAUUCAUGUUGGUAACUACAUGUCAGAGCACAAGCUAUUGUUGAAGCAGACUGAGAGCAUUGAGGAAAAAGCUAUGGAGCUUCAUCAGACGCAGCUCAAAACCUUCACUGCGGAGCAGGCGGAGAUACAUUUUCUCAGGCUCGCUGCUCAACUUGACACGUAUGCGGUCGAUCCACAUCCUGUCAAGGAUCACAAAGGAACUCAACUCUACCUAGGAAUAAAUCAUCAUGGAAUUCUGACGUUCCAGGGCUCAAGAAAAACCAAUCAUUUUCGGUGGUCGGAAGUUCAAAAAAUCAACUACGAGGGGAAAAUGUUCAUUGUUCAUUUAACUAUACAUGAGAAAAAACACACUGUCGGCUUCAAGUGCCCAACUGGAUCAAACUGCCGCCAUGUAUGGAGAUGUGCAAUCGAGCAAAUGUUGUUUUUCACUUUGCCGAGAGCCUCAGAUGCUCCGGUAGUUAGUGGAGGUUCAAUAUUCUCAUGGGGCACAAAAUUCAAAUACACCGGUAGAACAGAGCGUGAAGUGCUCGAGGAAACGGCUGCAGCAGCGUCGGCGGGCUCUGCGGAGGCGUCAUCGUUGCGUGGCAAGGGAGACACACCGGUGCAACGGUGUCAGACAACAGGACUCAGGAGAAAAGCAAGUAGUGUACCGGCAACACCGAGUACACCCAGCCAAGAUCUCAUUGAAAUUCGAUAUUCGAGCUUACCCCGAAGCUGUCAUAGUGCGGGCCUUGACGGCGCUGGUAUGUCUGAAUCAGGCUCGACGGGCCCUGGUACCGGGGUACCACUGAGCUCACCCUACUGUCCCGACAAUACAUUACCACUUCUCGAGACUGUAUCCGAGGACCAAGAAAUUUUUGCCAAAAGGAACAAUGCAUUAGACGAAAAUGAAAAAACGCAUGCGAGUGCCCACCACACCACCACCACCUCAAAUCAAAUGAAAAAAGUGAAAUUUCCAAAGAGCACGUACAGCCGCCCACAGCCCCUGUACAGUCAAAAAAUAGUCAUUGGAUCGGACGAGUUGAUAGGCCAAAGUAUAGAUAGUGUUAUUCGGCAAAAGAUUAAUUCACUGGAGAAGAGUCCCAAAGUUGUGAGAUCAACGGCAUUGAUAAUAAAGACAUCGAGAACCCCAGUGAAGCCCACGAGUAAUGUGAUAAAGCCAGUGAGCACUACACCCGAAAUAAAAACCUACACAACGACAAUCGGACAAGCGAGUGACACAAGAGUUGAAUGCGCAAGCACUGUGCCAACACCAAAGUCCCCAGGACGACUUGUGCAGGUGCAGGUAAGCUCAUUGGACGUGUGCGAUGCACCAGAGGUGUCCAAGACUCCGGCGACAAUGAAAAAUGAAUGCCAAGAGUUGAGUGUAAAGCCCACUGCGAAUGGAAAUGCAGCAUCAGGAAGAUCCUUAACUCGACCAAUGGCAUUUGCACUGGCAAUGGCAUCAGCCGCUGCUGCCGCUGUAUCAACUAAUGUGCGUGGAGCCACCACCACGAUAAUUGACGAUAGCAUCAACAAAAAUGGACACGAUACGACAGUGGGAGGACAGCCCGGUGACGGAGACACGAAUGAUUAUUUCUUCAGGGAUUCGUUCGAUCAUUCAUCCUCCGAGAGCCAACUUGUCGAUGGUAUUGGAAAGUCACAGAGCAGAUCUGUAACACCUGUUCCCAAAAUGCAGAAACUACAGAAUACGAAAUUAUGUCUCCAACCAGUUGGCAGUAGAACGAUGAUUGGUAGGGCUAAAACACUCAGGGGUAUACGUAUUGUACGUAUGUUCGUGUCAGCAUUUGUACUUACUGUCACCAUGAUGUUUAUCGUUAUUGUACUUGUGUUCGAGACAGAGUCGAGUGUAUUUGACAGUUUACGUAAAACACCGGAAAUGGUUGCAUUCAAGAGCCAGUACUAUGUGCCCAUCAGGGAAUUUCUGAGGACCAAACUUGGCCUAUUCUGAUUAUCCGAUUGGCCGAUUACGAGACAUUGUUUCAUUGCUCGUAGUUGCUUAUUCGAGGUGAAUUUUGGGGGAUGAGGCUCCGUUAGGAGAGGAGAUUGACUUUUUUGAGAAUGAGGGUUUCUAUUUGAAUUGACCAGGGAAUUCCACUUAUCUCCUUAUUCCACUCAAGUACAAAAUUACGAUACUUUCGUAGUUUAUUUUCGGCUUUUAAAGAGUUUUUUCGUGAUAAGACGUUUGAAAAAAUUUCAUAGAGAAAACUUGCGCUCUGAGAUAUUCUAUUGGAUUUUUUGCGGAAUUAGAGCGGAAUAGAGUCCAUCAGCUUUCUCCUUGAAUCUUAUUUAAAAAGAUUAUUUUCUCGAAUUGGGUAGAAUAAAUGAAGUUUUUUUUUCAAAGUAAAAAAUAAUGUGGGGAUCCUCUCGGAUUGAGGGUCAGUUCCUCAGGCAAACUCGAUAUAUUUCGAUUCCAACAACUUUAUGAAAGGGUGAAAUUUCGGACAUAUGACUCUAUAAGAAUUCAGUAGCACAGAUGUUGAUUUUUCUAUGUAACUUAUGAAUUUGCCAGGUUUUGCUACUCUAAUUUUAGUAUGAGAAACACAUACCGUCAGUGAACCAAUCAUGGAACCCUGGAGGAACAAGGCCCAGUUAUGGAACCGUAUUGUUUUGAAUAACUUACAAGUAUUGUUGAGUGGAUAUUUUUGACUUCAGAAAAGGAAUGUAGCCCAUAGUUUCCAUUUAACUUUGUUCAUCACAGUAAAUAUAUAUGUUCACAUGGGUUUUCGGCCACAUGUAACGUUGAUUCCAUAACCGGGUUACUGAUAAAACAAAAUACCGACAAAUUUCAACAGAAAAAUCAAAAUACAUUAAAUUUCUUCAAUCAAAAAAUGACACCGUAAAGUUGCAUUAUCUUCAGUUCCCCGGAAUCGUCACAAAAAUUCAAUAUAAUUUCUCCGAGAAAAUCUCGCCAAGUUUUUCUAUCAAACUUUUUUCUACGUAAAAAUUGAACAGUGCCAAGAUGAAAGCCAAGGGGAGUCGCAGAAAAUUGUUAUUUCCGGGUAGACUUCCGAAUUCCGGAAGCAUAUGGAUUUUUUUUCUUCAUUUUAUUCGAGGCCUAUCUCCAACGGAUAGAUUUUAUUAGAAAAACAAAGUUGUAAGGCAGUCGUGCAAGAACUACUUCCUAAACAGUUGGUAUUGAAAAAGCUGGCGAAGAUACGAGGGAUGCAACAAAAAGUAUAAAACGAAAAAUGUUAUACCUAGACAGAGUCAAAUAUUUUAUCAUGAGAAGCGAGAGAUAUUGUACCUAUGCGUCUAUAGGUGUAACUGGUUAGAUUCUAGGUGACAAAACAAACACAAAACAAAGCAAACGAAAGGUUGAAGUGACUCUUCUCCCGUUUCAACGAAAAAAAUAAAGCAACUCAUCUUGUUUUUUGGUGUAGUUAAAUCUAGGUGAAUAAAAAAAAAUCUUGAGUGAGUGUGUGAGAGGGAGUAGAGGGAGAAUAACAAGAAUCAUAAUCUUUGUUGUGCUAAAAAAAAAUUCGUGUCUUUGCUGUGCGAAAAAGUGUCGCAAGAUCAUGAGAGAUAGGAGUCUCCAUUAAAAUUUUACACGCAUAAGCGAAACAGAGCGAGAAUUAUUAUACUUUCUGAGUUAAACGAGUCAACCCAAUUCCGUACUCCGUGGAAAUGAUAAGGAGGGAAUUAAAUCUCUGAAGACGACAACGAGAUGUCACAAAGUUUUGCAAUCGAAAUGGCUUAAUUUAUGCAUAACACUUGGAAUGAAGAAUUCUCCCAAUUGCUUUUGCUGAUUUAUAAAUCAGAAUGCAAUAUUCCUCAUUUUUCCUCAUAAACUUUUCUCACGACUUUGAGAUCUUGCGACUGAUCGGAAUAGCCAUGAAUAUUUCCUAAAAGUGCCUACGCUAUUCUAGAAUUUUUCGAGCGUCCCGCGUGUUCUUGGCUAAAAGUGCAAUAAAAAAUGACGAUUAUCCGUUGUUAAUUUAAUCUUCAAUGAGUCGAACUGAUACUGAAAGAGAGAAAAAAAAAUACCUUGACAAUGAGACGAGAGUGUUUUAAAUUUUUUGCAUUAAUGCAUGAUCUAGCGAUGCAUCCAUUAUAAAGUACUUGGAAAUAUAAUUUUAAAUCGCGUAGGAAUUUCCGCAAGUGUUCCUGCCCAAAUGCUGUCGAAUGGAGAAUCAAUAUAAAUUGUAUAAAAUAAAACGGAUGUCAAUUGCAAUAUUAUCUAAUCUGUUUGAGCGAGAAUUGAGAGUUGUGUGUGCUUAAAUGUGAAUUUAGAGAGAUAAAUUGAUAAAUUGAAUAGUGACUAUCGCUGUGAGACGAUUAACUAAUCUCAACUAUCCUUAGGUUUUCAAAUUCAUUGUAUAUUGUAAUUACGGGUGUUUAGAAGGGAUUGUGUUGACCCCAGAUUAGUUGAUCAUUGUUAUUUAUUACUUUAAGGGGAUUCUACGAAUGAGGAAAAACCGAAUAUCAAAUUUUCAUGAUCAAUUGAAUUAGAAAUAUGAGAAAUUGGGCCAUAUUAGUUACACGGAAUUUGGACAUUGUAAAAUGUUCAUUUCUCCAUUCCCUGGCAUGCACAUCAGAAUUUCAUAGAAAAAUGAUUUCUAUUAGUUUGUUGUCGAUUUUAUAGAAAAAUUCCGCAGCUUAC